CUUGGAUAUAAAAGCUCAUGUCAUUUGGUGGUAAGAAACUUGACCUUGAUGAGUCUCGUCACAUAGAUGGGCAUGUUAUAUUGGACAGGAUGAAUGAAGAUGAACUUACCGAUUAUCUCAUUCAGCUGACCAUUGAAGAGUCUUGUCACAAGGCAUUUGCAAUAUCGAAAAACGGCUCCACCAGUGAUGAGAAUUCGAAACUGCUGGCAGCAAUCGAGACAGGUGAUACUGCGGUCAUCCGUGAGCUCAGGCAAUUUCCCAUGGCCUUCAAGGAAGUGGACAGUAGAGGAUUUCUACCACUCCAACAAGCCGCCAUGCAACCAUCAGGGAAAGUACUGGAGACAAUUCUGGUCUCCAGCCAGCCAAACUUGGAGGAGAAAAGUAGGAAUGGAGAGACUGCCUUGACUUUAGCAGUUCAAGCUGGACUAGAGGAGAAUAUCAGGAUCCUUCUGGAACAUGGAGCAUUACCACAUAACCCCAACAGCAAAAAGGAAUCUCCACUUCUGCUGGCUGUAAGAGUCCGAUCUUAUCAAAUGGUGUACGCUCUCAUUGCACAUGGAGCUGUAGUGGAUCAGGUAUGUUCUAAGAGGUGGACGGCACUGCAUGAAGCAGCCCAGGUGGGCUGCGUUGACAUUUUAAUGCUGCUGCUGAGACGUGGCAGCCAAGUGUCAGUGCGGGAUUGUCAUGGAGUGACACCAUUGAGUGUAGCAGCAGAAUGUGCAAAUCUUGAAGUCCUCCAAGUUCUCAUUGAUAUUGGAGCCGAUGUGAAUGCACAGUCCUGUAAGGGUGAAAGUGUGUUGAUGGAUUCAGCUGGUUCUGGAAACCCAGACUGUGUGGAUCUUCUGCUUGAACAUGGAGCCUCACCAGACCUGGCCAGUUUGACCGGGCAUCUUCCUAUUCAUCGUGCAGCCUUCGAGGGCCACUACCUUGUGUUGAAAAAACUGAUAUCUGUCACAAGCAAGAUGGCUCUCAUAGAGUCUGGUCAGAGUCCAGUACACUCUGCUGCAGAUGGAGGUCAUGCGCAGUGCCUGCAGCUCCUGGUUGACAGCGGUUUUGAUGUGAACGCUCUACUUGACCAAACCAUCUCCGACAAUUACAGUGACAUGCGUAGGAGUGCCCUUUACUUUGCCGUCUCAAAUGGAGAUGUUACUAGCACAGAGAUGCUGUUGAAUGCCGGAGCCAAACCUGAUCUGGAUCCCCUGCAGUGCCUCCUAGUGGCGGUGAGAGCUGGGAUGUACGAGAUUGUCAGGAUUCUCCUGGCCAACCGAGCAAAUGUGAACUGUUACUUUACUGAGGUCAACGACACAGUGUUUCCCACUGCCUUACAAUACUGCCUGAAGGAUGAGGAGAUGAUGCGAUUACUACUUAAUCAUGGAUAUGAUGUAGACAAAUGUUUCCAUUGUCACCAUGAUUUCCAUUUCUACAUGGGGUUUGCUUGGAAGGACAUACAUCUACAUAAACCAUGUUGUGUCAUCUGUGAUGGUGAAGACAAAAUACCUUUCUGUGACUUCAUGAGUUUGUGCUGCCUGGUUGACCUGUCUGGACGAGUGGUACUGAUCCUACUGGACUAUGUCAUCUGCGUCCCCCUCUGCUCACGACUGAUAUCCAUCCUGGAGAAACAAAAGGAGUGGGCAGAGAUAUGCACCAUCUUGAACAACCCACGAUCCCUGAAGCACCUCUGUCGUCUGGAAAUCAGAAAACACAUGACAAUUAAAAGACUCUGUAAUACCAUUAUAAUGGAUUCUUUUCCACCUCCGAUUAAAAAUUACCUGCUGUACAAGGAAUAUGAUCUGACUUGA